AAAUAAAUAAAUUAAGUGAAAGAGGUUCCAAGAAAUUGCUAUAGUGAUUGAUUUUGAUCAGUCCAAAAACCGGGUAUGACCCCAAGGACAUUUACAACUCAAGGGUACGCUAGGUCAUUUCAAAUGCCGUCCUAUAGUUUUCGCGCCAGCACAAUCAACAAAGAUUUCCGUUUUUUUAUUCCUAAAUUGAUACUCUCUUCCCCAACUCAAAACCCAAAACCGAACAAAACCCUCUCAAACUCACCAUUUUUUCCCACCACCACCACCAUCAUGUCCACUACCACCACCACUUCAGCCCAAAUUAUCGGCCACACCACCGCCUUUAUCUCGGAAACAAUCUCGCAGUCCGAGCUCCGCCACCGCCUUGUCUCCACCUUCCGCCAUAAGAUACCAUCUUGGGACCAAAUCACCCUCAAAACACUAAACCUUGCCGCUGAAACUCUAGAAAAAGCCAUCUCCACCACUAACAACUCCGCUAGAUCUUCCUCUCUCCGGCUCGCGGAAAAGCUACUCCUCUCUUACUCUGAAAAUCCAUUUUGUUCGUUUCUUUUAUCACUCACUUACUCUCUUUGUCACCGUCCCAUCGAUGCCGCUCUUAGCCUCCUUGACAUAUUCUAUACCGACCCUAACUUGGCAAGAUUGGAAAUUGCAUCCGUCGUGUUCGAGGAAUUGUUUCUCAUGCAUUUUCUUCCUCUUCUUCAAUGGUAUAACAAUCAAAGGUCGAAAAUUUUGCUAUCCCUUUCGACAAAUGAUAAUGAUGAUAAAGGAGGAUCAAUUUCAUCCACAAGGUUGUUGUCUAACAUGAGUGGCUAUCAAGCUUCGGAGUUGAAAGAGUUGGAGAGAGAUUAUGAGAAGGCGCUUGAUGAGAAUUGCAAGGUUUUUGUUGGGUAUUUCAAAGAGCUUUUGGGAAAUAAUGAUGGAACUCGAAGAAUUGAUCCACCAUCAUUGGUAAUGAGAAUUUUUGAAGAAGGAAAUAAAUUCAAAUAUAGCAAAGAUGAGAACAUUAAAGCUGAAGAAUCUGGACUGCAAAACGGACGGUAUAAUCCAAUAUGGGCUGAAGGAGAAAACUCAGUUGAGCUCCACAGCGGCAGUGGCAAAAGCCUAACCAAAUUUCCAUCUUUUUGUCCUGAAAGAGUCUCUCCACAAAUCCUCAUGAAACAAAGAUCUUCAAGGAAAUUGAAAGCUUCACCCAAAAGAGAUUCUGAUUUUGAACUCGAGUCUUCUUCUGAUGCCCACUUGAGUGAUUCUUCUUCUUCAGAUUCUGAAGUAGAAACAGAGGAAAACAAGGGAAAAUUAGCUUUUUUCAACCCUAUACAGAGCCAAUCCCAUAAAUAUAAGCUGUCAUUUUCUGCAGAAUCAAGCCGUUCACCAGAUCCUCUCAUGGCAGAGAUUGAUAAUCCACCAGGUGGCGGAAAAAAUACUCCUCCAAAGGACUUUGUCUGUCCCAUAACCAGUCACAUAUUUGAUGAUCCAGUCACUCUUGAAACAGGCCAGACUUAUGAACGCAAAGCCAUCCAAGAAUGGCUUGACAGGGGAAACUCCUCAUGCCCAAUUACGCGCCAGAAGCUGCAUAAUAGUCACUUGCCUAAAACAAAUUAUGUACUCAAACGACUCAUAGCAAGCUGGCUAGAACAGAAUCCCAGCUCAACUCUGAUCCAAUCCGAGAACUCUCACCAGGAAAGUGAACAAAUUUUCAACCCAGUGAUGCAUUCGACUUCUCCUAACAGUGUAAUAACCCAGGCCACCAUUGAUGGCACAGUUAGCGAGCUGAGACUCGCUAUCACCAAUCUCUGUAUGUCAGAGAUACUGGAGGAGUCUGAAACAGCAGUCCUCCGAAUUGAGCGCUUCUGGAAAGAAGCUAUUUUGGAGGUGGAGAUUCAAACUAUGCUUUCGAAACCUCCAGUUAUUAAUGGGUUUGUCGAGAUCCUUUUCAAUUCUGUUGAUCCCCGGGUUCUGAGGGCCACAGUUUUUCUUCUGUCUGAACUGGGGUCAAGAGACAAUGGUGUGAUCCAGACACUUACACAAGUUGAUUCUGAUGUGGAAUGUGUUGUUGCUCUUUUCAACAAGGGUCUGCACGAGGCUGUUGUGUUGAUUUAUCUGUUAAGGCCUUCCACCAUGAGCCUUGUAGAGAUGGACAUGGUGGAUUCCCUAUUAAUGGUUAUCAGUAAGAAAGAGAAUGAUUUGCUUAAGAUGUGUAUGAAACCAAAAACAGCUUCAGUGCUUUUGCUGGGACAGAUUCUUGGAAGUGCUGAGGAGAGUACUGUUACCGAAAUUGUUAGGAGUGUGAUCUCAGAAAAAGUGGUUGAAAGUAUUGUGAACAGCUUGGAAGCUGAGUGGGCAGAGGAAAGGAUUGCGGCAGUCGGGAUCUUGUUGAGAUGCAUGCAGGAGGAUGGCAAGUGCAGGAACGUCAUUGCUGAUAAGGCUGAACUGGCUCCUGUUUUGGGGAGCUUCAUAGGGGCGAAUGAUGGAGAACGGUUUGAGAUAGUUCACUUUCUCUCUGAAUUAGUUAAAUUAAACAGGAGGACAUUUAAUGAGCAGAUCCUCCAUAUAAUAAAGGAUGAAGGUACUUUUAGUACUAUGCACACCCUUCUCAUAUAUCUACAGACAGCCCUCCAGGAUCAAUGUGCUGUUGUGGCCGGUCUCCUCCUCCAGCUUGACCUCCUGGUGGAGCCAAGAAAGAUGAGUAUAUAUCGAGAAGAGGCAAUAGAUACCCUUAUUUCAUGCCUUAGAAAUUCAGACUUCCCUGCUGUCCAAAUAGCAGCUGCUGAGACAAUCUUGUCCUUGCAAGGGAGAUUCUCAUCUUCUGGAGAACCCCUUUUGCGGGCUUUUCUCCUAAAACGUGCAGGACUUGAAAAAAGUUACAGGUCUCUAAUGCGAAAGGAGCAGCUAAGCAACAAAUCUGGAGAGAUACAAGAAACUUUGGAAGAAGAGAAGGCUGCUGAUGAAUGGGAGAGAAGAAUGGCAUUUGUGCUAGUCAGCCAUGAAUUCGGUUUGCUGUUUGAGGCCUUAUCAGAAGGCUUAAAGAGUAGAUAUGCAGAAUUAUGUUCAGCAUGUUUUGUGUCAGCCACAUGGCUCGUACACAUGCUCACAGUUCUUCCAGACACAGGAUUAAGAGGAGCAGCUCGAGUCUGCUUGCUCAAGCGCUUUGUAUCAAUAUUCAAGUCUGCAAAGGACACCGAAGAUAGAGCCCUUUCCAUGCUUGCUUUGAACAGCUUCAUCCGUGAUCCUGAGGGACUGCAAGAUCUAACGUCCCACAUGAAGGAUAUUUUGAAGGGUCUGAGAGAGCUUAAGAAAUCCUCUGUCGUUGCAUUUGAUAUGCUGAAAGUUUUAUCAGAAGGGCAUGAGUCUAGUGCUGACAUGUGGAAUCAUAAAGAAUUAGUUGAAGAAGAUUGUAGCAUAAAUGGAGAAGUGUUGUCAAUAGCUUGCUUUAAAGAAAAGAUAAUUUCUGGCCAUUCAGAUGGAACAAUAAAGGUCUGGACUGGUAAUGGUAGGGUUCAGCUUGUCCAAGAAACCAGAGAACAUACCAAGGCAGUUACCAGCUUGGCAAUUCUACAGUCAGGGGAAAGACUAUACAGUGGUUCACUUGAUAGAAGUGUGAGGGUCUGGACAAUUGGGAAUGAAGUGAUGAACUGCAUACAAAUUCACGAUAUGAAGGAACAGGUCAAUAAUCUAGUAGUUGCAAACAGCAUUUCAUGCUUCAUUCCACAGGGAGCUGGUGUCAAGUUGCACUCAUGGAACGGAGGGUCCAAAUUGUUGAAUCCUAACAAAUAUGCAAAGUGCUUGGCUCUUUCACACGGAAAAUUGUACUGUGGAUGCCACAACAACAGUAUUCAGGAAAUAGAUUUGACCACAGGAACAAUCUGUACCAUUCAGAAUGGGUCUAGAAAAUUGAUAGGGAAAGCAAAUCCUGUCCAUGCUUUGCAAGUUCACGAGGGACUAGUAUAUUCAGCCAGCUCUCCAUUGGAUGGAGCAGCUGUCAAGAUAUGGAGUGCUUCAAAUUACAAUAUGAUCGGAUCACUGCCAUCUACACUGGAAGUUCGAGCCAUGGCCAUAAGCUCAGAGUUAAUAUAUUUGGGGUGCAAGGGUGGGAUAGUGGAAGUCUGGUGCAGGAAAAAGCAUGUUAGAGUGGAAACACUACAAACCGGUGGGACUAGUAAGGUUCUAUGCAUGGCUCUUGAUAGAGAUGAAGUCUUGGUGAUUGGAACUUCUGAUGGUAGAAUUCAGGCGUGGGGAUUGAGUUAAAAGGAAGAUGCUGGAAAAUCACACAGUUACAGAUGAACAACCGAGAUCUAAAAAAAUCAAUUAGCAUUCUUUGGGGUUUUAGAAAUAAGUUCUCUUUCUGAGAGGUAUUCUGGGCAAAUGUAUAUGGUUCAAAUUAAAAUGUAAUAACCUUUGUUCUUUUGUGACAACCGUUUGAACUAUAAAAGUCUAUUUAUAAUAAUGUACAGAAACUGACUUAUACAGUUAUACAUGGGGAUGGAAUAUAGACUGUUCUGGAUAACAAAGAAAUAGAAAAUAAGAGCAUAUGUUUAUCUCC